CGCGUUACUAAAUUGAGCUGACCAAUCCCUGUACAAAUUAGGUCAGCAAUCCUGGAGCAGCAGCAGCAAGAAGAAGGGCAGAGAAACUCCUUCGCCAACAGCCUCCACCGCCAUCGCCGCGCUGUAGAAAUGGAAUCAAUCAACUUCGCCAAGGGCUACGACAAAGUCAGAAGCUCCAGCUCCGUUCAUCUAGAAGUCGAGGAUCAAGCUCGCCAUCCACAAGCCACCAAACCAAUCAAAAAAUUCCGAAUCGCGGUCGUCUCCGCCGCCGUCUUCCUCACCGCCGCCCUCGCCGUCAUGCUCUUCGCUCUGAUUCACCACACCAACACCGAACAUCCGUCGCCGCCGGAGAAUAUCCCCGUCGCUGCAGCGACGACGCUCGAUUCAAUCAGAGCCGUCUGCAACGUGACCCAGCACCCGGACUCCUGCCUCGCGGCCAUAUCUGCCGCCGUAGGCGGCAAUCCGAAGCCGGUGACCGACCCGGAGGAGAUCCUCAAGGUCUCGAUCCAAGUCUCCCUGAAGAGAUUCGCGGAUCUGGCUUCCCUGUUCCGCAAUUCGUCAGGCGGCGAGUGGGGAUCGAAGGUCGCGGUGGAUGACUGCGUGGAUCAAUUGGGGGAAGGGGUCAGUAACCUGAACCAGUCGCUGGCGGCUAUGGAGGUUGAAGCUAGUACGGAGGGGAAGAUGUUGACGCCAGCGAAGAUCGACGACUUGAAGACGUGGAUUAGUGCGGCGAUGACCGACGAGGAGACUUGUGGGGACGGGUUGGAGGAAAUGGGGGCCAAGGUUCCGGAAGGGGUGAAGGCGGAGAUGGAGGAAUGCAAGCAGUUGUUGAGUAACAGCUUGGCGAUUCUUGCCAACAUGACAAGCCUACUCCGCCAUUUCCAUCUCCAAAUGCAUUAACGAAUACGCAUCAAGGGGGUGAAGCUGUUGGUUGUAUUUAGCACAAACCCACUUACAAAUGUUCCUUUUCUCCAAGUUUAGUAUAAUCUUGUGAUGUAUACUUCUUUUUUCCUCCAAGUCUGUGAUGUCUGUUCUUAUGCUCAUCGUAAUGGUGGAAUCAUGCUGCAACAAGAUUCCGUAGAUCAUUUUCACCAAGUUACAAUGACUAAAAAAAAUCAUCUUAAGCAAUAUCCCAACUUUUAUUCUACAUUUCUACUCAUAAACUAAGUGCAUAAGAUGAACUUCAUAGAUACAAAUAUUGUGAGCUCUAUCCAAUAAUGGACAAUUAACAAA